CUCACUCAUUCCCUGAGCAGCACACUGGACUGGAUAACGUCUCCUUCAACCUGCAGCACAGACUCAUUUCUCUACACACCAGCUCUGAGUGGAUGCUCAGCAGGGGUGUUUGAGAUAUUAGCGCGCUGUGGGGAAAAACGGCUCAGGGACUUCUGCUAUCCACAUACAAAGAGCCGGCAGUCAGGAGGAAUAUGGGCAAAUCCGAAAGCCAAAUGGAUAUCAUGGAGAAAUCAAGUAAACCUGGAAAGCGUCGUUGGACUGUUGCAGAAAUCGGUCUGUCCGUGUUGCUACUGUUGGUCAGCUGUGCCUUGGCCGGGCUGGUAGUCCUCUACACAUCGGUUGUGAAAGAACAAUCUGACAGGCCGAGUGUGUCAAGGAGCUCAACAGUUGAAGGCCAGCUGUUUCGCUCCAACAUCAACAGUGUGUGCACAACUGCGAACUGUGUUACUGCAGCCGCUCGGCUCUUGCAGAACAUGGAUAAGUCUGUCAAGCCUUGUGAUAAUUUCUACCAGUAUGCCUGCGGGGGUUGGCUGGAGAGACAUGUCAUCCCGGAGACGAGCUCCCGUCACAGCGUCUUUGACAUUCUGAGGGACAAGCUGGAGAUUGUCCUCAAAGGUGUUCUUGAGAUGGAGACGGGACAGGACAGAGAUGCCAUCAGAAAGGCCAAAGUCCUUUACAACUCCUGCAUGAAUGACAGCCUCAUAGAGCAGCGUGACUCCCAGCCCCUCCUGAAGCUCAUUGACAGUAUCGGAGACUGGCCUGUGGCGUCGGAUGACUGGAACACCACUACAGAGGAAGCAUGGAGCCUUGAGGACACACUAGCAACGCUUACAGCUCGUUUCCACAAGAAGGUUCUCCUGGACAUGUACGUGUGGACAGAUGAUCGGGACUCUCGGCGCCAUAUAGUUUAUAUUGACCAGCCGGGACUUGGAAUGCCAUCAAGAGACUAUUACUUCAAUGAUGGAAACUACAAAAGGGUUCGAGAGGCCUACCUACAUUUCAUGGUUUCAAUUGCAAAGAUAACCCGAGAGGACAGGAACUUGACUCAGGAUGACGACCGUGUGUGGGAGGAAAUGAUGCAAGUGCUGGAGCUGGAGACAGACAUUGCCAACGCCACAUCACCAGCAGAGGAGCGCCAAGAUGUCACUGUUCUCUACAAUAAGAUGACACUUAGAGAGCUACAGAGCACAUUCAGCUUUAAUGGGUUUAACUGGACACGAUAUAUUCAAGGGGUGCUGUCCAGUGUGUCCAUUGAGAUCCAGCCAGAGGAGGAGGUAGUGGUGUACAGCUCUCCCUACCUUGAGAAGAUGAAUGAUGUUCUCUCCAGACACAGUGUCAGAACUAUGCAGAACUACCUCACCUGGCAGCUCACCAUUGACAGAGUUAACAGCUUGAGCCGCCGUUUCAAAGAUGCCAGAGCCCGUUACAGGAAGACUCUCUAUGGAACAACUGUGGAGGAUGCUUGGUGGCGAGAAUGUGUCCGUUACGUCCAGAGCAGCAUGGAGAAUGCAGUUGGAGCUCUGUAUGUGCGAGAGACAUUUGCUGGAGAAAGCAAACAAAUGGUCAGUGACCUCAUCAGUAAGAUCCAGAAAGCGUAUGUGGAAACACUGGAGGAGUUGAGCUGGAUGGAUGCUCCCUCGAAGGAGAAAGCAAGAGAGAAGGCCAUGGCAAUCAAGGAGCAUAUUGGCUAUCCAGAUCAUAUUCUACAGGAGAGCAACCAGAAGCUUGACCAGGAGUACGCUCAUCUUAAUUUCAGCGAAGAACACUACUUUGAGAACAUUCUCGAGAACCUCAAGUCUGAAGCGCACAAGAGUCUGAAGAAGCUCAGAGAACCAGUUGACCCGGACUUGUGGAUCAUCGGUGCUGCUGUGGUGAAUGCAUUCUACUCACCCAACAGAAACCAGAUAGUGUUUCCAGCAGGAAUUCUACAGCCGCCUUUUUUCAGUAAACAUCAGCACCAGGCUCUUAACUUUGGUGGAAUAGGAAUGGUUAUCGGACAUGAGAUCACACAUGGAUUUGAUGACAACGGGCGUAAUUUUGACAAGGAUGGUAAUAUGCUAAACUGGUGGAGUAAUUACUCUGCUGAGCAUUUUAAAGAGCAGUCACAGUGCAUGGUGCAACAGUACGGCAACUUCAACUGGAAGCUAGCAGGUGGACAAAACGUCAGUGGAAUCAGCACUUUGGGGGAGAACAUCGCUGACAACGGAGGGGUUCGUCAAGCAUAUAAGGCUUAUCUAAAGUGGGUUGAGACGGAGGGUGAAGAGCCUCGUCUACCUGGUCUAGAGAUGGAUCACAGGCAACUUUUCUUUCUUAACUUUGCCCAAGUGUGGUGUGGUGCUUAUCGGCCUGAGUAUGCCAGCCAGUCCAUCAAGACUGACUCUCACAGUCCAUUAGAAUACAGGGUGCUUGGAUCUCUCCAGAAUUUUGAAGCAUUCUCAGAAGCUUUCCAGUGCCAAAAAGGCAGUCCAAUGAACCCCGAGCUGAAAUGUCGUGUUUGGUAGAAAGUUUUACUCCUGACGUUUUUAUUUCUUUACCUGGGUAACUCAAAUUAAAAGAGCAAGUUGUACUUCUUAAAACCACAGAGGCAUCCUGCUUAUUCCAAUUUAUUUGGGGCAGAGUGAUGAACAAGAUAUUUGCAUAUACUGUAGAUGUAUCUGAAAUGGAUGACAUCCUGGAAUACACCCUUGUUUUAAAACUUAAAGCACAUACAUUAUAAAAAAAGAAACUUUUGAAGUGUUGUCUCUGGAUGAGAAGGUCACUUGUUGUUUUUGCUGUGUCACACGACACAGAGUGGUUACAUGACUAAAAAGGCAACACAGAAAACUAAGACCUUGUGAGAAGGUUGAAGCUUUUAUAGCUGACUUUAAAUGUUUUUCCAGCCAUUCUUGAAUUAAUUAUUUAAAAAAAAAAAACUCUUGUGCAGAUCUUUGUGAUUUAUCCAUUAUCAUUGUGCACUGAGUUGCCUUGGUGUCUUUCCUCUGAUGUAUUGCUUUCAAGACAUUGUGCCAGUUCAGAAGAAACAAUAGUGAACAAAUCUAACUCUGACUGAAGAGUAUGAAAUAAAUGAAAGCUCGGGGCUUUGCUAAAGUAAAGCUACAAUAGAAUUAGUCACACUCUGAGAGUUUGGUCAUUCACUGUUACAUGAAACAAAUUAUCUAAAGACUUUAAGACUGUUAAAUCUUUGCAGCUUUAACCUUAAAUUAACAUUCUGAGAGAGCUGCGGCUUUCAACAUUUUUACAAUUACAGAGUGGACAAAUAUUUAAAAUUUACAAAGCUAUUUAGUACUUUUUGAAGGAUUUUUUAAAAAUAAGUUUCUUUAUCACAUUCUGCCGAUGAUUGUUGCUCAUUACUCCUUGCAGAAAUGUAUACGUCAUGACAGUUUGCUGUAAGAAACCAUAUUCCAGAUGUUUUGAAAUAUAUUGGUGGCCUGCUACUUUUUAACUUGUGCGAAUGCGCCUGUUGGAGAUAGAGUGAUAUGAUGAUAAUGAUGAAAAACCAAUGUACAUCACUUUAUUGCAUUAUUGGUUACCUACUGGCUGCUGUUAGACACAGGCUUGGGCAUCCAGGCGGUUUCUUAUCACAGCUGUGGUGUGUGUUCCACUUUUUCCAUGAUUCUGAGAGGCUCCCAAGAGUUACUACGAGAGAAUAAGAGAAUACUGGGCUUAUUUAUAGCUACCAAAACUCCUAACAUGUGCCAUUUAUUAGAUGGCACUUACCUACAUUUAUUAAAAAUUAUGUCUGCUUGUUUGAUGUCUGUAAGUUUACAUUUUACUCAACAUGCUAAUUGAUUUGUAGAUGACCUGACCAUUCCUUCCCCACACAAUCUCCUGAGAAGAGACGUGAACAAACAGUGAUUACAAGACAUUUAGUGUCUGGGCAUAGCCAAUUACAUGCUAGGGGGAAGGGGGAAGAAAACCUCUUAGAGACACUGACACAUGAACAGGCAGCAGAUGAAGUGGUUUGUCCUCUGAUCUGGCAUUGAUCAGUGCUGUGUAAGAUUAAAGGAUGAAGUGCGGUGUGCUGAAGCGUGGUUACUGCCGAAUCACGAGCCUGCAGGCAGACACACUGAAGAAUGGGGCUUGUCAUUAAAAAGAUGGCCAGGACUGUUAUUUUCUACCUUUAUUAACAAGUAAUGACAGGAGAAUCAAAGCAGAGCAGAACUCAUAAGUGAGGAUGGAGUUGGUGGCUGCAGGAAGCCACCAUUCUGGGCUGAAGAGAGCUUUCAAACAAAAAACAAACAAAGCUGGUUUUGAAUGUUUGCUUGUCAUUGGUCACCUUCAGGAUGCCUUGGUAAACUGAACACGGCUUUUAGGUCUCCACAGAGGCUGCCGAAUUGAAUGUGCAUAUUGACGUUUUACACUCUGUCUCUCAGUCUUCACAUUAGCAAAUACUGUUGUGUUUAGCAGAGGGAGAGGGUACACUAAUUACUCAGAAUGUAAAGGCUGAUAGUGUGCUGCCAUCUUAGCAAAAGUUCAACAUUUUGGGAAAUGCACUUAUUCGCUGAUGGCAGAGAGUUAGAUGAGAAAUUUGAUUCAACUCUUACUUCUGUCUGAUAAAUAUAAGCUACAGCCAGCAUAUUGUUAGCUUAGCAUUAAGAUGGGAAACUGGGGAACAGCAAGUCUAGCUCUCUCCAACAGAAACAAAAAUCUGCUUUUUACAGGUGGUUAUCUGCUGGACUAAUUCUUGGCUACAGCCACUUUUUACAAGUUUCUGGGCAGAUUAAACAGGCCGACCUGUGGACAGUGUCAGGCUUGCCGUUUCCCCCUGCUUUCAGUCUUUGUGCUACGCUAGCUGCAGACCUAUGUUUAACAGACAAACACAAAAACAGUGGUAUCAACCUUCUCAUCUCAAUCUCCCAUAGAAAUUGAAGAUGCAUAUUUCCCCAUAUGUCAAACUAUUCCUUUAAACACGGCACAUGUAUAAUGUCUGGUUCAAAGAAAUGUGGAACAUGGGGCUGCCAUUUGAAGGGCAACAGCUUUGACUCUUGUAUUUUUUUUGUCUAGUUUUCCUCAAAAAGAGUGAAACAGUUCAACGGGUACAUAAUAUAAAAUGUGUUAAUGUAAAUACUUGAUGUUCUAUACUGCAGUAUUUACAUAUAAAGGAUUCAAAUCAGGUAAGAAAGAGUGUACAUUUCUUACCCAAUUAGUUCUAGCUUCACAUUUACUUACCUGGUGAAAUUGUGUAGUUUUGAAAUUAUCAAAUACAUUUUUGUUAUAUAUGAACAUCUUUCAUCUGUAUAAUAUUUAUGAAAUAACAUUGUUGCUUUGCAAGAAUUCAGAUGUUAAAGAUGUUUUAUGAAUGUUCCUGCUGCUAUGUAAUUAUCUAGAUGCCAUUAAAAGUGACUGUCUCAACUGGUA